UUUGCUCCCAGUUCUCCAAAGGCGUGUACGCCAUCAUCGGCCUCUAUGACAGGAAGACAGUCAACAUGCUGAUGUCGUUCUGCGGAGCGCUUCAUGUCUGCUUCGUCACGCCGUCCUUCCCCAUCGAGACCGCUAACCAGUUUGUGAUCCAGCUGAGGCCUGAGCUGCAGGACGCUCUGGUGGGAGUCAUCGAGCACUAUGGAUGGACCAAGUUUGUCUACAUGUACAGCUCUGACUCAG